AUGUUGGGAACGCGGCAGGACAGGGGGAUGGGAGGCCCUGUUUCAGGGCGCGCGAGGAUGCUGCAGUACAAGGCGAUAGCCUCCUGGAGAAGCAUGCUGCACCAUCAGAAGCGGAUGGAGAGAAAACGCGACCUGAUUGAGAUCGUAAGCCUCGUUAGUCUCAUGCGCAGGGCCCUGCAGGCAUGGAGGCUCAGCCAUAAGUACAAACGAGCGCUCAUGUACUUCAAAGACAUCUGGGAGAUGGCAUGCUUCACUCUUUCUAUUCGGAAUUCGUUCAUGGGCUGGAGAGUAUACCUGGAGUCUAAAAUCAUACCCUAUGAUGCCAUUCAGAGAUUGGGUCGCGCAAUGCAUCGUGUGAUGCUCGAAACAUAUUGGAGUUCAUGGAAGAUGUACGUGAACGCUCAAACGCGUUUCAAAACGGCGGUUUUCCAGGCUUUCGACGCUCUAUACAAAACGAUAAAACCACAAACAGAGCUUAUAGAGACGUCUUCUCUGACAACCGAAAUGGUUCUACGACUAUUUCUGAUAGUUUGGAAGUAUCACUCUCGAAUUCAAGGGUACGCCGUGAGACUCAAUCGUACUCUACUCAGGCGGUACGGUCUCGGACAGAAGAAAAAGAGUUUCAGAGCCUUGACUUGCUUGACUGCUUAUGACAAUUGCAUCGACAAAGAAAUCAAGUAUCAGGAUGCUGAUGUUGCCCGUUUGUCUUCGAUCAUGAGUUGUCUUUCGGCCAAAAACAUGGAGAUAUCUCAGAGAUAUUUUUCUGUCUGGCACAUGCUUCAGCUAUACAUGCUUGCAUGGAAGCAACUAUUCUACAUCCGUUCACAAGCAAACCAAAAGUGCAAAACAACAAUCAAAACAAAACAAUUCAAAACACAAAACAGCACAUGGAGGUGCUGGUGGGCGUACGUGGAGGAGGAGGCGCGGCUCAAGGCGAGCGGGAGGAAGGCGCUGGGGCGGUGGUGGAAGGGGAGCGCGCUAGGGGCGUUCAGCCGGUGGGCGGAGGGGGCGCGGACGGAGAAGCGGGAGAGAGGCCAGCUGAGGCGGGCGGCGGCAGCUUGGACGAGGAGGAGGCUGGCGGGGGCGCUGCGGCGGUGGGAGGAGCAGGCGGCGGAGGAGCGGAGGCGGCGGGAGGUACUGGAGAGGGCGGGAAGGCGGUGGAGGCUAGGGCGGGCAGGGCAGGCGAUAGAGGCUUGGCGGGAAGGGGCGCGGGCGGGAAGGCGGGAGAGGGGGAUCUUGGCGAAGGCGGUAGGGCGGAUGGAGCACGGGCGGGCAGGGCGGGCGUGGGAGCGCUGGCGGGCGUACGUGGAGGAGGAGGCGCGGCUCAAGGCGAGCGGGAGGAAGGCGCUGGGGCGGUGGUGGAAGGGGAGCGCGCUAGGGGCGUUCAGCCGGUGGGCGGAGGGGGCGCGGACGGAGAAGCGGGAGAGAGGCCAGCUGAGGCGGGCGGCGGCAGCUUGGACGAGGAGGGGGCUGGCGGGGGCGCUGCGGCGGUGGGAGGAGCAGGCGGCGGAGGAGCGGAGGCGGCGGGAGGUACUGGAGAGGGCGGGAAGGCGGUGGAGGCUAGGGCGGGCAGGGCAGGCGAUAGAGGCGUGGGUGAUGUAUGUAGGAGCCCAGAGGGAGGAGACGGCGAAGCACGGGCUACGAGAGUCUAUCGAGGAGAUCGCGGCAGAGACGUCAGAGCUCCGGGCGAGCAUGAAACAAGCGAUGGAGGCGGUAGCGGCACGGGCGGCAGAGGCGGUCUCACGAGAGCGCAAGCUUCAUCAAGGAUACCAGACUCAGACUCAGACACACGCGAUGGAGCGAGCGGGAAGGCGGUGGAGGCUAGGGCGGGCAGGGCAGGCGAUAGAGGCUUGGCGGGAAGGGGCGCGGGCGGGAAGGCGGGAGAGGGGGAUCUUGGCGAAGGCGGUAGGGCGGAUGGAGCACGGGCGGGCAGGGCGGGCGUGGGAGCGCUGGCGGGCGUACGUGGAGGAGGAGGCGCGGCUCAAGGCGAGCGGGAGGAAGGCGCUGGGGCGGUGGUGGAAGGGGAGCGCGCUAGGGGCGUUCAGCCGGUGGGCGGAGGGGGCGCGGACGGAGAAGCGGGAGAGAGACUCAGACUCAGACACACGCGAUGGAGCGAGCGGGAAGGCGGUGGAGGCUAGGGCGGGUAGGGCAGGCGAUAGAGGCUUGGCGGGAAGGGGCGUGGGCGGGAAGGCGGGAGAGGGGGAUCUUGGCGAAGGCGGUAGGGCGGAUGGAGCACGGGCGGGCAGGGCGGGCGUGGGAGCGCUGGCGGGCGUACGUGGAGGAGGAGGCGCGGCUCAAGGCGAGCGGGAGGAAGGCGCUGGGGCGGUGGUGGAAGGGGAGCGCGCGCUAGGGGCGUUCAGCCGGUGGGCGGAGGGGGCGCGGACGGAGAAGCGGGAGAGAGGCCAGCUGAGGCGGGCGGCGGCAGCUUGGACUAGGAGGUGGCUGGCGGGUGCGCUGCGGCGGUGUGAGGAGCAGGCGGCGGAGGAGCUGAGGCGUCGGGAGCACGGGCUACGAGAGUCUAUCGAGGAGAUCGCGGCAGAGACGUCAGAGCUCCGGGCGAGCAUGAAACAAGCGAUGGAGGCGGUAGCGGCACGGGCGGCAGAGGCGGUCUCACGAGAGCGCAAGCUUCAUCAAGGAUACCAGACUCAGACUCAGACACACGCGCUUGAGCGAGCGGGAAGGCGGUGGAGGCUAGGGCGGGCAGGGCAGGCGAUAGAGGCUUGGCGGGAAGGGGCGCGGGCGGGAAGGCGGGAGAGGGGGAUCUUGGCGAAGACGGUAGUGCGGAUGGAGCACGGGCGGGCAGGGCGGGCGUGGGAGCGCUGGCGGGCGUACGUGGAGGAGGAGGCGCGGCUCAAGGCGAGCGGGAGGAAGGCGCUGGGGCGGUGGUGGAAGGGGAGCGCGCUAGGGGCGUUCAGCCGGUGGGCGGAGGGGGCGCGGACGGAGAAGCGGGAGAGAGGCCAGCUGAGGCGGGCGGCGGCAGCUUGGACGAGGAGGGGGCUGGCGGGGGCGCUGCGGCGGGACUCUGUUUGCAGAUGA